AUGUUUUGGUUGACACAACACUUGAGUUUAGAGAAAGUGUCUCUUCUAGGUUUGCACUACGUGUUUAACUUCAGGUUCUGGCACACGCGCGCUUCAGUUAUUAUCGGAGCAGGCACGCCCCCCAGUGUCCCGACCCAGCGGGCCGCCAAGGUUGGGGGCGGGGGCCGGAUAGCCACCACUCAACCAGGUGGUCUUGCAGCCCUAGAAACUCGAAACUCGCCCAGAGCAACUCCUCAGCGAUGUUUUUCUGGUUUUGCCAAUCUGGAGACAGUAAACUGCUGUCAGAUCGAGCCGGAAGCAGAAUGGUUGGGCACGCCAGUCUUGAGGGCUGGUGGUAUAAACCUCACGGCCGGUCCAGGUGCCCAGCGAGCGCGGACCCGGGAGCUGGGCGCGCGCGCGCGGGUGGGAGUGGGUCCCCGGAUCCUGGAGGGCGCCCUCCACCCAAGCCGAGGGCUGGGGCGGCGGGGACUAGCUUUGCUGGAGGGAUGGCAGCUACGCAGCCGCUGGAAGCACUCAGAGGAAGGCAGGGACACCGCAUCGCCCAGAGACGGCGUGGGAAACUCGGGGCGCAACAGGAGUCAGCGCCACUGGCCCGACGGCGCUGCGGGUCGGCUCUUGACCAGGGAAAGCGCCACACAGACGCAGACGCACUGCUGGUGGGUGAUUGGGAUCAUUUGGAAUUAUAAAUCGGACGGUUACAGCAGACAAUCGAGGUGCGCCCCUCCUGGGAAGGAAGAAGUUGGGCACCAGUACAUGGAGAGGCUGGAGAGGGAAGAAGCCCCUCCGGAACUGCAGGGUAUCCGAAACGGGUGCAGGGUCAGCUCUGGGCUCGGGAUGGUGGGAGGGGGCGGCUGGCCGGACGUGCAGAUCCAGCGCUCGGGGCUCACCUGGCCGGCGUUCGGAGGGUCCAUGCUGGAGGCAGGCGGCUGCCGGGCGCUCGAGAGGUGCCGGUGGCCCGCACCGCAGCCCCUCACAGAGGGCACAGGGCGGCCGCACCCCGCACUCGGGCCUCCCGCCCCGCGCCAAGGGGCCGGCCCUUCCGAGGGACUCUGGCCGCGAGCCUGA